AUGACGGCGAAACAUCUGGGACUGUAUCGAGUACAUGGCCCAAUGUUGCUGCCGGAGGCUGAAGAAGGAGAAGCUGUUUACGAAUGACGUUCGGCUAACGGCAAAGGCCACUACUGGGGCAUCCAUUCAGCCAAUUUGGAGGACUUUUUGCGGGGCGACUUUCGACGACGACGCGCCCAACGCAAGGUACGUCGUGCGCUCGGAUUGGCCUGUCCGGACGACGAUGACUCUGACAGCGGUGUAUCACCAGCCUCAACGACUCCACCGGUCGGUAUUCCCAGUCGGCAGAUUUCGGGUUCGCCCAUCACCUUCCAUUGCCGUCCUCAGACACAGCCUCCUGUUGCGCCUCAGUUUGUGCCCGUCACACGCUUCUCCCACUCGCUCUCUCCGGUACCACUGACGGGCACGGCGCCCUGUGACGCCAUUCCACUGGACGAGGCCACCCGACGAGGUACCAUCGAACCGACGCCGGCUCAGCGACGUCAGACGGCCUGGCAACCGGAGGAAGAGGUAAACUCUGCCAUGCGACGCAGCAGCACUCCCCUCGGGCCAAGUCAGGCUUUCACGGUGGCCAGUCUCCUCGAGUCGCCCGAGUCGUCAUGGCGAAAUGACUCCGACCGUCAGUCGGCGAGUCGAUGUCAGAGGCGUUCAAUCGAGUCGCCACGACCCGAAGACGCGCCUCCCAGCCUCCCACUCGCUGGUCUCUUGUCCGAGUGGCCAGCCUCCGCGGACCUGGUCGCCUGGGCUCUGGCCAUGCUGACCGGAUUGAUGGGAGGCGCCGCCGUAGAGACGACCAAUUGUCCGGUUGACAACGACAUGAUGCUCUCCUCUUCGUCGAGCGCCUCCUCGGUCGAGUCUGGCCGAACGGUGGCGCCGGGGCGUGUUGCCACACCGGGCUACAUCGGCGAGAGUCGAGAAAAUGAAGACAGUCAGACAGUCGGUGGAUGGACAAAGUGGCCGGCGAUUCCGGCCGUCUGGCCUCUUGAGUCUGAGGUCGGCCGGCCUGACCUCAAGACGGAGCUGCUUGAGGCAGAAUGGUCCAUGAGGCUGGCCAACUCGUGA